CCCACGACCACCAGUUCGCACUCCAUCGACACCACCCUACGACCGCAGGCAAGCUUCAUCCAAGCUUCAGCUGCUGCUCACGCUCUGCCUUUGAUUCACGCAAGAAUCGCCGUCAUGGGAGACCCACGGGAACCCUCCUCAUACAGCGUUACGCCAAGGAUCCGAUACAACACCAUUGGAGGUGUCAACGGCCCUUUGGUUAUCCUGGAGAAUGUCAAAUUCCCUAGAUACAAUGAAAUUGUUACGUUGACGCUGCCUGAUGGCACACAACGCUCUGGACAGGUCCUGGAAGCUCGAGGUGACAGAGCUGUGGUUCAGGUACAAAUUCCGAAAUUGGGGAUGGCGAAUGUAGAGGGCUCACAAGCGACUAGGUAUUCGAAGGCACAUCUGGCAUCGAUGUCAAGAGGGUAUGGUCAUUCGACAAUUGAGUACGGUAAUAUACUGACUGCCCGCAGUCAAAAGUGGAGUUCACAGGAACAAGUUUAAAGCUUGGUGUUUCUGAAGACAUGUUGGGUCGUAUCUUUGAUGGAUCUGGAAGAGCUAUCGACAAGGGACCAAAGGUUCUUGCAGAGGAUUACUUGGAUAUCAACGGAAGUCCCAUUAAUCCAUACUCUCGAGUGUACCCCGAAGAGAUGAUCUCGACCGGUAUCUCUGCCAUUGAUACGAUGAAUUCGAUUGCUCGUGGACAGAAGAUCCCCAUCUUCUCUGCCUCCGGUCUCCCGCAUAACGAAAUCGCUGCCCAGAUUUGUCGACAGGCUGGCUUGGUUCAGAAGCAGGGUGUCACAAACAAGGGAACACAUGAUGGACACGAGGACAACUUCUCCAUCGUUUUCGCAGCUAUGGGUGUUAACUUGGAAACUGCCCGAUUCUUCACCAGAGAUUUCGAGGAGAACGGCAGUUUGGAGCGUGUUACAUUGUUCUUGAACUUGGCCAAUGACCCUACAAUUGAACGUAUCAUUACCCCUCGUCUUGCCCUUACCACCGCCGAAUACUAUGCCUACCAGCUCGAGAAGCACGUCUUGGUUAUUCUUACUGAUUUGACCGCAUACUGUGAUGCUCUUCGUGAGGUCUCCGCUGCCCGUGAGGAAGUGCCAGGUCGUCGUGGAUAUCCUGGUUACAUGUACACGGAUUUGUCGACCAUCUACGAACGUGCUGGUCGUGUUCAAGGACGAAAUGGAUCCAUUACCCAGAUUCCUAUCUUGACCAUGCCUAACGAAGAUAUCACUCAUCCCAUUCCCGAUUUGACGGGUUAUAUUACGGAAGGACAAAUCUUUAUCGAUCGUCAAUUGUCCAAUCGUGGUAUUUACCCACCAAUCAACGUCCUCCCAUCGCUGUCCCGUCUUAUGAAGUCUGCCAUUGGAGAGGGCUUGACCAGAAAGGAUCACGGAGAUGUUUCCAACCAGCUGUAUGCCAAGUACGCCAUUGGUCGUGAUGCAGCUUCCAUGAAAGCAGUCGUUGGCGAAGAAGCUUUGUCAUCUGAAGACAAGCUUUCUCUCGAGUUUUUGGAGAAGUUUGAGCGAACCUUUAUUUCACAAUCACCUUACGAAUCAAGAACCAUCUACGAGUCCCUCGACCAGGCAUGGAGCUUGUUGAGAAUCUAUCCAAAGGAACUCCUCAAUCGUAUCCCAGGAAAGGUCCUUGCAGAGUUCUAUCAACGAUCUGCUGCAGACCGCAAGGGUAAGGGCAAGGGAAGCAAAGAUACCAAGGACAACAGUGAAGAGGCAAAGCCCAAUGGAGCUGGCCAGGAAGAGAAUUUGAUUGAUGCAUGAGAAUCGAGAAGUAGAGGGGUGGCUUUUGGAAGGAUCAGGGAAGAACACAGAGGAGCGAAACAGUGUUGAUAUCUGGCGGAAGCUGUUUCUUUGCCACUGGGGAUUGUAAGUAUCGAGAGGAGUUCAGAAGGCUAGAAUGUACGACUUUACAACCCAGCCAGGA